UACAAAUGCCGCCGAUCGAGCCUCCCUCAUCCCUCGCUCGCUCUGCCGCUCUGCUUCCUUUCCGGCUACUUCCUCUUUGGAUUGCUCCCGGACUUUUCUUGCUCCCCUCGCUGGCUCGAUCGUUGCCUGUUCGACCAAUCUCGCAGCCUUCCCCGAAUUGAAACCACCGCGUCGUUCCGUUGCCAUCUUUUGAUCAUUCGAGGACUGUGGUGGGUUCUAGGGUUUUGUUCGUGUGCUUUUGGUCGAUGAGGUUGAACGGAGAAGUCUCGUGCAUCCGACAUGAGGAGGAGGAGGAGGAGGAAGCCGAAGAGAGGGUUCCCCUUACGUUGCUCGCGCCUCCGCCGUCGCAGAAGCUUGUCGUGGGGUACGCUCUGACGUCGAAGAAGGUCAAGAGUUUUUUGCAGCCUAAGCUGGAAGGAUUGGCGAGGAAGAAGGGAAUUAUAUUUGUUGCCAUUGACCACUGCCAACCACUUGGAAAUCAAGGUCCUUUUGACAUUGUUCUCCACAAGUUGACUGGAAAAGAGUGGCAACAACUCCUAGAGGAUUACUGGGAAAAACAUCCAGAGGUUACUGUACUUGAUCCACCAGCUGCAAUAAAACAUUUGCGUAAUCGCCAAUCGAUGCUCCAGGAUGUGGCUGAUCUGAAUCUGUCGGAUUGCUAUGGCAAAGUUGGCAUUCCUAGGCAACUUAUCAUCACAAAAGAUCCUUCAUCAAUUCCAGAUGCUGUUAACAAGGCUGGGCUAAGUCUACCAUUAGUUGUCAAACCUUUAGUAGCCGAUGGAAGUGCAAAAUCACAUGAACUAUCACUUGCCUAUGACGAAGUUUCCUUGUCAAAACUUGACCCUCCUUUGGUUCUCCAAGAAUUUGUUAACCAUGGUGGGGUCCUCUUUAAGGUCUAUAUCGUUGGGGAGACAAUAAAGGUCGUUCGUCGGUUUUCCCUUCCUGAUGUUAAUAAGUGUGAACCAUUAAACAACACUGGUGUCUUUCAGUUUCCAAGAGUUUCUUGUGCUGCUGCAUCUGCAGAUGACGCAGAAUUGGACCCUGGUGUUGCUGAACUUCCUCCAAGACCUUUGCUUGAGAACCUAUGUAGGGAGCUCCGUCAUAGACUGGGUCUUCGAUUAUUCAAUAUAGAUAUAAUUAGAGAGCAUGGAACUAAAGGCCGAUUUUAUGUCAUUGAUAUCAAUUAUUUUCCUGGCUAUAGUAAAAUGUCUGGCUAUGAACACAUAUUCACUGAUUUCCUCCUCAGCCUGGUACAAAGCAAGCUCAAAAGGUGACUUCCUAGCUGUUAACUAAAUAUAGUGACUUUCAAUAACGUUUCACGGCACGAGAGGGGCUAAACCACAACUGAAAUCUCAGUGCACAUACACAAUUUCGAACCUUAGCAAAUGGCACUGCACAAACAAGUGCUGCUUUCUUCUACUGCCCGUUACUAACGAGUCUUUCAUAUAGUCAAACACGUGCUGUCUUCUUGUAUGUCCUGUGUUUGUAACAUCCUUCAUUGUUUAGUGGAUGGCCAAAUCUAAUUGUCUUGGCGGUGUGAGGAAUGUAAUCGUCGUAAGUUUAGCAAUCGCCAUAAGUUUAGUGACUUUGUAGGCUGCUAAUGUUCUGUAUACGCGUUCUUCUUCUGGCUCAUUGAUACGAGACUUGUGGGAGUUUUUGCUUAUUUAAUUAAGUUUGGGAAGGAUAAACCAUGGGAUAUGAAGCAACAAGUUGGGUCUUACUCUCUCUGCCUUAGCAAAGCCACUGUAUUUUAACCAGAUUGAUACUGCUUAUAUGAUUUAGUGCAUGGUUGAUUUAUUA